AUGGUCCAAGGCAGUGUUGGACCAGACGCAGACGCUAUUCUCAAACCGAAAUCCAAAGACAUUUGGAUUGAAUUGAUCGAUCGGUGUAGGCCCAAGAAUUACUAUGAUGGUUUGAUUGAUAUAACACGAGAAUGCACUGACAUUACCGUCUCAAGUGUUGAUAGGAGCGGACCCGAGUCACGUAACGGACCGAUGCAUAAGAGUUACGAUUCAUCACUGUUUCUUCCACGGUACACGUCAGCGACACCCUUCGCAAAAAUCCAUCUCUAUAACAACUACACUCGUCACUGGUCCAUCUACGCCGUAGGAGCCGGCGUAGAAUCUCAGAUACAUUCUCAGUGCAACAUAUAUGAAGCUGGUGAGAAAAAGACCGUCUUUAAGUACAUCAGUGAGAAGGCCGGGGAUAAAGAGAAACCGGAAGCUGGUUUCAUAAGAUCAGAAGGGGAUUUGUUUAUGAACGGUGCCAAGUCGUGUCUUAGCCACGACGGAGAGCGCCAUGUCUUCUCUCCGACCCAGCAAUAUUCCGAAUGGACCGUGGAAUAUCCAACCGAGAAACUUCCGCUUCUACCCGACCAUCUUCCGACCACCGUAUAA